AUGUCUCAGCCAUUUGAUCCCGAGAAAGCAGAGAACCUGGAGGAUAUGGAGAAGCAGUUCGCAGUAAAGGCCGUGGAACAUUUGAUGACAUACUGGUCAAUCCUUGAAAAGGUACGCGGCUCGCAGCUCCGACUGACGAAAAUGGACGACGAGAUCUACGACGAUUUCAGGGAGACAUUUCCCGAUUUCGACCCCGCUGAGACACUCGACGAGAACAAGAUGAAGAGCAAGGAGGGCAAGGAGAAGUGGAGGAACUUCAUGAUGAAGUACGAGAAAAAGAUAAAUGAUUACAAUUUUGGCACAAUCAUCAGAACAAACCCCAAGUCCGAGUAUGAGCAAGACACGACAAUUUUUGGUGUGCGCAUGCAAUUUUAUGCCAUCGAGAUUGCAAGAAACCGCGCUGGCCUGAAUGACUGGGUUUAUGAACGGUCACAUCCUGAGGAAAAGAAGUCGAGUUCGUAA